AUGGUAUAAAAAAAGUGUAUAAGCUAAAAAUAUGAAUACUACCUAAUAGAUAAACUAGGAUCUGGAAGCUUUGCAUAAGUUGGAAUGGGAAAAAUAUAUUAACAAAUGAAGUAGUUGCAAUUAAUGCAAUCUAAAAAUCUGUUCUGUCUAAAUAUGAGUAGUCUUUCUUAAUUAAUAUUUUAGUGAAGGCAUCAAUUAAAUACAAUUAGAAGUUAAAAUACUCCAAAAAUUAGCUAAUCUCACAAAAUAAACAAUUUUUCCUUUUAUUAAUCGAAUAUAUGAAUUUAUAGAAACUGCUAAUUACUUUUAUAUUAUUUUGGAGUUCUGCAAUUAAGGAGAUAUAGAAAUAAAAAAAGAUUGAAUAAAGAGAAGCUAUUUGA